AUGGCGGGGUGGCAGAAGGACCCCCCAAAGAACAGAAGCGGCGCAGAGUCUCGCUUGAUCGCAAAUGCGCCAACUGGGAACUACACUCCCCAGACCGACGAGACACCCGAACGAACCACAAAACAUGGUCUAGAGUUGUUAGAAAAGAUCAAGGUGGCGGUUGAUAAAUAUGGACGACCUGUUGCUACCGAGUUCCUCCAUCUUCCUGAUGCGAAAAAACUCAGAAACUACGAAUAUACCCAAUUGACCUCUGUUGAAGCCGAUCUCCGACGCAUGGUCGCCAAUGCCAAGUUUUACAACGAAAAGAGCUCCCAACUCUUCUCAAACGCAGAACGAAUCCGCAAAAUCGUUGUCGCAGAGAUGCCAAAGGUGAACCCUGCCUACAAGGAUCCAAAUUACUUGCCAUUUUCAACGCCACUUCCAAACGAUGAGGACGCAGAAUUCGAAGAGGCAGAAGGAGGAGAAGAAGACGAAGAAGAGGUGGAAGAAGUUGACGACGAUCAAGAGGAAACGCCUGUGAAACCUGCAGAAGCCGAGCCGGAGACAGGGACCAGAGAGGAACGAACGAGAUAUUCAAAACGCACCAGCACACGUACGCCGACGAUAGACCAGGCCGCGGAGGCUAAGGAGGAUCCGGAGGCUUCUGUGGCCGGUAGAUUCCGAGCAGCCCUGGAAGCAAUACUCAACGAAGCUAUACGGAUGCUAGAUGAGAACGGUGAGGAGAAGUUUGCACCGUUCAUUAAUCUCCCGGAUAAAAACCUGUACAAGGAAUACUACGACGUGAUAGAACACCCUGUCUCGCUACGAGGCAUUUUGAGAACGGUUCGCGGCACAGAUAGACGGAAAUCCACGUCCUCAAAAUCAAAACCAUCGAAUCCAUUUAGAUCGUGGAAGGCAUUUACGGAUGAAGUGAGCUACCUAUGGAAUAAUGCACGGAUAUUUAACGAAGACGAGAGUGAGAUCGUUGUCAUUGCAGGUGAACUGGAGAAAUUCUUGAGCACUCGGAUAGCAGAGACCAGGAAAACAGUACCUGCACCGGAGGAAAAGGAGGGUGGAGGCGGACCAAAGAUACGGCUGAAACUAAGCGGUGCAGCAACGCCAGAACCACCUGUGACGACAUCUAAAAUUAAGCUACGACUUCCUGGAAGGCAUCAGGGAGACACCGGCUCGAGCACUUCUACCAUUCAUGGCGUGAGGGUAGAUACUGAGGCGCUUAAACGACAACAGGAUCUUGUAAGGGCCGGGACAAACGGGAUCGAGGUGCCUACAUCGAGUCAUAAUACUGUACAACCGACGCCAACGCGGACAUUGAGAGAUCGAACGAGCUCUGCACGCCCGUCUAUGGGUACUGCCUCACCGGCUGCUGCCAGUGUCCCUGUUAAUGGAACCGGGGCCGGUGAUACUACCACUAGUGGCCCGUCCCUUAGGUCGCGGGCACCACUUACACGACGAGCAGAGGCAGAGUUGGAGCAGGAGCAGGCCUCACUAGCAGAAAGGACGAAGCCUUCGCCGAGUCUGCAGGAUGCGGCCACUCCAGGCCCAGCUCCUGCCGCAGAACUGCCGUCGAAGAAUACAAACUUUGUUCCCACAUCCCUUUCAUCUGCCGACUGGGAGAAGCUAUCCCAAGUACGAAAUAGAGCGUGCGGCAACGGCCUAAUCUCACAAAUAUCAAUAUCAUCUCACCCUUCACUUCUCCUUCAACGACCCUAUAACAUCUCCCUGCCCUGCACACCCAUCCUCCCCUCGCAACCCAUAAGUGUGACACUGCCGUCAUGCAUCAACCUUAUCAGCUUCAGUCCUGUUAUAGCCUCGACAUCUCACCGUCGCCCAACACAGCACUACUUUACCGUCUGUGAUCAAAAGAAUCCUACACCGCCGACCAGCGUGGCCGUGCCGUCUACAGACUAUACCAGGUUUGUAUACGAUGUACGGCUGCGAGAAGGAGUUAACAAGCUGGUUGUCGGUGUCUCAGGGCGGGGAGACGGCGAGACAACAGAGCGAGUUAUUCUUUUUGUGAAUCUCUUACGAUCUUGA